GCGCGCUCUAAAUGCAUAGGUACGUAGGAUUGUCUGGGUUGAGCUGGUAUGCAUGUCGUCACGUCUAUUUGGGUAUCUCGUGUAUGCGGUAAGUGCUCUUCCAGUCAUUCAGUUGCCUCACCCACAACGCUCCUUUGUGUUCCUCUUCAGAGCGCAGAGAUCCUACAUGUCGCUCUAUGGCUGGCAGUCACCCCGACUUGUCAUGUGUCCCCCACUCGGGGUAGGUUCUGUUCUCUGCUGUUCUUGUCGAACGUGGAACGGAUCCAGCGUCUGCGUUGCAGCUGACAAUUUGUCAACAGCCUCCACGAAAUUGAGAACGAUGGAGACAACAUGCUCCUUAGUCUCAUACCAAGACCCUCCACACGGCGCUGGUGUGGAGGGGGACGUCUAGCCCAAGUGACUUGUCUAACGUCACCUCAUGCCGCUCAAGUUCAUCUCCGCACAAACGGAAGACAAGAAUGCGCACUCUGAGACCGACCUUGGGGAUGGUUUCUGCUGAACGUUCCAGUGAGAAGGGCGGACGAUGCUGGGUAGACAGCCUGAACGUAAUAUCGUCUUUUUGUACGUUUGAUCAGGCUGCUUGCGAAAUGCUGAUUGAUGCGAUAU